CCGCCCGAGCAACUCGCCGCCUUCUGGGUGAUCGAGGUCGACGACGUCCUCUGCGCCCACUGUCACCUGCUCGUGGACCUCGGGGCCAAGCUGCGGGGCUUCCUGGAGCAGUGUGCGCCCGCCUGGGAGAGCGCCGGCGAGCGCGAGCGCCGCAAGCUGAACGGCACUCUCGUUUCUAGUGAAAUGAUCCAGCAAUUUCAGAAGACAAAGUACGUCCACGAACCCAAAAUGCCGUGUUCUUCGGUUGCCAAAGGACCACCAUCACCAGAGCUGCCGGAACCACCCCCAGGUCAAGUGACCUACCAGGUCCUCUGCCGGAACAAAGACUUUCUGAUAUCACCACGGCUGAUUGAGAUCGAAGGCACAGCCGGCCUCAAGUCGGUGCCGCUCUGCCUGAGCGUCGCCGGCGUGUCGCCCGGCUGGCACGCGGCCGAUAUCGUUCUCAGCUGUCCCAAGUUCAGUGACGUUAUCACCGCCAGGGUGGCCGUGCUGGUCAGCAAGAGCAGCCCAGCGUGAA